AUGAGUGAUAAUGACGAGUUUUUAGAUGAGUGCCUUAGGGAGCAUAAUAAAUAUAGAAAAUUGCAUGGUGUUGAGCCUUUGCGGCAUAGCGUUGCGCUGGAUAAAACAGCACAGGAAUGGGCCGAAACACUAUUUCAAAAGGACAAUGUUACAAAUAGUCCACUAUCAAAUAAAGGAGAAAUCGGUGAGAGUAUCAGCAAACGAACAAGUACCUCUGAUGAAUUCGACAUUUCAGGAGCCGAUCUAACUGCUCAAUGGUACAAUGAUAUCCGCAGUUACGACUUUAAAUCUGCUACUGGCCCUGCAGGUAAUUUUACCCAGAUGGUAUGGGCCGCUACUCGAGAGGUUGGAUUUGGAAAGGCCUCCGGUAACGGGCAGUGUGUUGUGGUUGCGCAUUAUCGACCUCCUGGUAAUGUUCGAGGUCGAUACAAAAAUAAUGUGUUUCCACCAAUUGAUGGGAAAGGAAAGGAACAUUCGAAUCCCGGUCCUGGAGAAGUUACAAAAAAGUCUAUCACAAGGGAGAAACGUGUCGACACCCAAGGCCAAGAAAGAACAGUCAUUCGUGAAGUAAUCGAAACUAAAAAUGUGGAUGGAAAUAUUCAUCGUCGUAUAAUUGAGAGCUUUGUAGAUGACGACGACACUUUUGAAUAUGCUGGACAGCAAAAUGGUCUAUCUUCGUCCCAAGUUGUUCCACCUGUAAGUAUUGCCUGA